AUGGAGGUUUCGGAGGCGGCUCGGGUAAGAGGAGCUGAAUUGUCAAGCUUGGCCCACUCGUCCGCCAUCCAAGCCAAAACAGCUGUUGAAAGUCAACAUACUGCUGGAAGCCAGGCCGCUUACGGUGUUAAGAAUAGUUUAGCACAGCAAGCUGCUGCCGCCGCUGCUACCGCACAAGCAGCUCUGGCUGGCAAGCAGGCUAUUGUCCAGGGCCUCCAGAAACAACUAAUUGACGCCCAAUCCCAGCUCCAGGCUGAACUAGCCCAAUUCCAUCAAGCCGAAGAAGCCGCUCAGGGCGCUCAAGAAAGCGCCGCCCAAAGCCAAGCUCAACUGAACGUCAUCAGCGCCGCUUUGGUUGCCGCCCAGGGCAACGCACAACAUUCGCAACAAGCUGCGUCUUCGGCCGCGAGUGCUGCCGCCGCCCAACAUCAAAUGGUUAUCGAGGCUAAACAACGUGUGGCUCUUUUAUCUGAAAAAUUGCAGGCUGCCCUGGCUGAUCUGUCCGAUUUGGAGGCGUCCGCCCACAAAGCCAGUGCUGCAGCGUCCGCCGCACAAUCCAACGCCGCAUCGGCUGCUGCUGCUGUCGCUUCGGCUGCUCAAGACGCUCACUCUUCCGGUGGUUACAGUCACUAUCAUUAAAUUUACACGGUUUAUUUUUAGAAUAGAAGGGCA